GCAAUACCAUGUUAAUAGAUAAACGUAAUUUUUUAAAGAAAAAAAAUGUUUAUGGGGAUGAUAGCCAGGGUAAGAAAAAGACAACUUCAGAUUACGAUCAGACCAAUGCUCUUUGCUCGCGCAUUUUUAUAGCUAAAGGAAUCAAUACAUUGAUUACUUGUGGAAAGGUAAGUGAUACUGCUGUUCUUCUGAGGUCUUCGUGUGGUCACUAUCGUAGUUCCUCUGAUUAUGUCUGUCUCUGGUCAUAUUUUACUGGUCAUUUUCCAUAUUUGAAGAGGUUCAUCAUGGGUGCUGGUUCCAUUUCGGAAUACCAGACAUUGUUAGAAUCGAUAAGUCUGCCUGUAAUGGGCGAAUGCGAGAAAGACAAAUGGAUGAUUAUGGGAGCUACAGGUUAUCUCAUUGCUGAUGUGUACAGCCGCCCAGUUUAUUUUUUUUCCAAGAAGGAGUCAAUCACCAUACUUCCAAACUGCAUUUUAAAUGAAAAUAAACCGAACCCACAACAACAGAAACAACAACAGACACAGCAACAGAAACAACAACAGACACAGCAACAGAAACAACAACAGACACAGCAACAGAAACAACAACAGACACAGCAACAGACACAGCAACAGAAACAGCAACAGACACAACAACAGACACAGCAACAGAAACAACAAAAGCAACAAAAGCACCAUUAACAACAACAACAGAAAUUAUCUCCAGUGAAAUACUGUGCAAACCCAAACGUGUCGUAGUACCACCCUCACAUAUUCCAUCAAUCGAAGCAAUAGAAGCUAUCAAAGCAAUUAAUACUCCUGACCAGCCGGAAACUGAGUUUUUUUGUCAUAAAUGCCAACAUCUCGUCUUCAGAAUUAACGAUAAGCAUAC